AAUUAUUAAAAUUCCCUACAAAUCUGAUAUUAUUUCAAUUACAGUAAAUAUUAUUUUCCUCCUUAACUAUGUCUUUCCCUCUCCUUAACAUGUAAUUUAAAAAUUAACGAAAUCCUCUAAAUAUACUAAUAAAUAUAAUAUUACUCCUAUUUAUCAUUUCAUUUCUCUGUCGCCCUCCCUCGCUAGUCGCUACCUUGUCCAUUUUGUUUCAAUGGCAGUUCCUCUUCAGUCGCCUGGUUCUACAUCAUGUCUCCACGCUAGACCUAGCUUUUCUCCACCUCCUCUCAGUUGUGCAACCAAAGUUUUUGUUGGAUUGAAGCCACAAUCUUCAAGUCCUUUUGGAAGUGCGAGACCUAAUUUGACAGUUGAUUUUCAUGAUAAAGUUUUCAAGAAUCUUCACUACUCAUGUAGGAACAGAAAACCGACACGAGGAAGGAUCAGUAUGAUGCCUAUUGGAACACCCAGAGUACCUUAUAGAACCCCUGGAGAAGGAACUUGGCAAUGGGUGGAUUUAUGGAAUGCUCUUUACCGUGAACGUGUUAUCUUCAUUGGGCAACAUAUUGAUGAAGAAUUUAGCAACCAAAUACUGGCUACAAUGUUGUAUCUUGACAGUGUUGAUGAUAACAAGAGACUUUACAUGUACAUCAAUGGCCCUGGUGGGGAUCUCACACCAAGCAUGGCAAUCUAUGACACAAUGUCGAGUUUGAAAAGUCCUAUUGGCACACACUGUGUUGGUUAUGCCUAUAAUCUGGCAGCAUUUCUCCUGACUGCUGGAGAGAAGGGUCAUCGGUUUGCAAUGCCUCUUUCAAGAAUUUCUCUACAAUCUCCUGCUGGGGCUGCUCGUGGCCAGGCUGAUGACAUCCGUAAUGAAGCUAAUGAACUUCUUCGGAUCAGAGAUUAUCUCUACAAUGAGUUGGCUAAAAACACAGGUCAACCUAUAGAAAAGAUUAAUAAAGAUCUAAGUCGUGUAAAGCGAUUUAAUGCUCAGGAGGCUCUUGAAUAUGGGCUCAUUGAUCGUGUUGUGCGGCCACCUCGAAUUAAGGCUGAUGCACCUCGGAAAGAUUCAACCGCAGGUCUUGGUUAGUACCUGUUGAUUGUCAAGCAAUGUAGUUAACCCUCUCGCUCAUUCUCAAAGUUUUUACUGAUCGAAUUGUGUGGAUAAUGUUUUUAGUUUCUAAACUGUUAGAACUUACAUAAACUCAAAGUUAAUACCACCUUUUGUUGAAUUCUCCA